AUGGGUACAGUUGCGAACGCCCGUAAGCAAAGACGAGAAAGGACGACGUUCUCAAGGCAACAAUUGGACGUUUUAGAAACGCUUUUUGCCAAAACGAGGUACCCGGAUAUAUUCAUGAGAGAAGAAGUAGCAUUAAAAAUUAAUUUACCGGAAUCGAGAGUUCAGAACCGCCUAUCGAUUUUUUUUUUCUUUCCAAUUUUCAAUUUUCAAUCCACCCUCAAUCGACUCAAACAUUUCGAUUUGAUCUGUUGA